AUGGAUGGUAUCGCUCCGAAAGCAAUUAUCACUGAUCAAGAUAGAGCGAUGAAAAAUGCAAUCGCUCUUGUCUUUCCAAAUACCCGGCACAGAUUUUGUCUUUGGCAUAUACUGAAGAAAGUUCCCGAGAAACUUGGCUCAUAUGGUUCCUACAAAACUGGGAUGAAAAGUGCCUUGAUGAAAUGUGUAUAUGACACCCAACGUGUUGAUGAGUUUGAAAAGUGUUGGGAUGAGUUGAUUACCACUUACAACUUGCAUGAGAAUGCGUGGUUGCAGAGCCUUUACGUUGAGCGUGAACAUUGGCGAAGCGAGAGCAUGAAUGCAUUCUUUGACGGUUAUGUACAUUCUAGGACAAACUUAAAGGAGUUUGUAGACCAAUUUGAUAACGCGUUGAAAAAGAAGAUUGAGAAAGAAAAUCUCGCAAACUUCCAGUCAUUUAAUGUCACAAUCCCCCUCAUAUCUCGAUCUCCGAUUGAAAAGAGGUUCCAAGAGUUGUACACGAUUGCGAAGUUCAAGGAAGUUCAGCAGCAAAUCAACGGCAUCAUUGACUUGAAUCCGAAGUUACAUAAAAGUGAUGGUGCAUUAAAGACAUAUAUGGUUGAGGAUGAAGUAGCUUUGGAGGAGUUCACUAAGGUGGUUCGGCAUUUUGUGGACUUUAGUGAGGAUGAUGCAGUUGCAAAGUGCUCUUGUGGUUUAUUUGAGAUGAGAGGGAUAUUGUGUCGGCAUAUCUUGGUUGUAUUCAGGUGUAACGAUAUUAGACAUUUGCCGGAAAUAUACAUUGUAGAUCGAUGGAGGAAGGAUAUUAAAAGGCGAUACACAUUAAUCCACAGUAGCUAUGAUGAAGGGGACCAACGGCCCGAUGCUAAUAGAUAUUCAAGUCUUUUAAGUAUUUGUUAUCAGAUGAUUACUCAUGCAGCUGGUUCGAGAAAGCAUACUGAGGAUGCGAGAAGUAAGUUAACUGCCAUGAUUGAGCUGUAUCGUGCCAAUGAAGAACCCCCAUCUUUCACUCAACUUGGUUCUAAUGUGGAUCCUACGGCAAAUGACACUAUCGUCGGAUGUUCUGGAGAAGUACACAGUCCACGGGUUGUGCCAGGCAAAGGCAGACCUCCAUCUCUAAGGAGAGCAUCCAGGAUGGAGAUAGACAUGCGGAAAGCAAAAGCAAAGACAAAGAAACAACCGGCAAAGGGGAAGCGUAAAGAGCGGGAUGGAGAAGAUACCCAGUCCGUGGAUAAAGGAGAUACACCUGUUGCGGAAGUAUGCAGGAGUUUAUUUGGCCCUUCUGAGAUCGAUCUCUCCAAUGUUGGACACAUGCAGAUGCAAGUUGAGUUGGAUGGAUCACAAUAUGGCAUCAACUUUGGGUUGGACGACACACAACCGUUGCAAUGA